UGUUUCCAUGUGCAGAAUGCGAAGCAUCCUUAUUGCUACGCUCAAGACCUGUUCCAUCGCCAUAGCCGAGCUCCAACACGGGAAGUCCAGCCUGCGUUCCUCCCGCGUGGAGUCGACGUUGAUUUACGGACACGGGUCUUGCUCCUUUCCGGCUUCCUGAUCCCUCGUUGCGUGAUCCGAUCCCUGGCAUCGCUGCCCCUUUCCAUCGAUUCUCAGGCUCCUGCGAGGUCCCAGCGGAUUUUGAAAAUUUAGCUCUCAGACAAUGUUGCACGAUGCUCUGAUGGCUUCAAGGAUUCCUUUAUUUUGUUAUGGCGUUAAUUUUAGUAACGCCCAUGACUGGGAGGACCUUAAAUUUGGAUUUGUAGCUACCAACACGCUAUGAAAUUCAGUAGCUCCAAGAAUAAUGUAUGUUAUUGUGGAUCGCACCUACCUAAUACCUUCGCCAAUCUCAUUCAAGUUCAGGUUGGAAUGGAAAACUUGGCGAUCGUGUGAUUGAAAGCAGGAAGGGCGUGUUUCAUUUGUAGACAAUGGAAGGACCAAUGGUAGCAAGUAGGGACACAACGGUGCAAGUUUAUCAAUUCGAAUCUGGUGACUAUGUCAUAGUUUCAAGCUUGUCAACAAGGAAUGACACACAAAUAGUGAGGAUAGAUCCCACUACUGGCGUUUUACAAUAUCAAGGUCGAUAUGGCUUGGAUCUGUUUUCAUCUGAGCGAGAUGCAAUUCAAUAUAUAACUACUACGGGUACCGUGAUCAAGAGUUUUCCUGCUAGAGCAAUUAUAGGGUAUGCGGCUUUAGGAGGUGUUGGUUUACUGCUCAUUGCUACAAGACUCAAACAAUCUGUGCCAGCACUUCCAUGCGGAGAUACUGUUUUUACUGUUACGGAGUCUCAGUGCAUAAGGAUUCCUCUAAGAAAUCCUCAAUACCAAUCUAAGAGUGAGUCCAAGAAUGCAAAUGAUUUGGCUGAGAUUCAGCUCGAUAACCUCCACUACUUUUGCGAAACUCGAGAUAUUACACGCCCGUUUCCAAGCAAGUAUUCCAUCGGGACUCCUGACAGAGAGUUCGUAUGGAAUGAAUGGCUUUCUUUUCCAUUUAAGACCGUCGGCCUACCGAAUCAUUGUGUCACUCUUUUGCAGGGUUUUGCAGAAUCAAGAGAAUUUCAUGAUGGCAAUGGUGUGAAAGUGUGUGUUGCAAUUACGGCACGGCGGAGUAGGCUGCAUCCUGGGACGCGCUACUUAGCUCGUGGUCUGAAUGGGGCGUACAGUACUGGAAAUGAAGUGGAAUGUGAGCAGUUGGUGUGGCCCCUCAAUCCAUCACGAGAUCGUCCUGUUCCUUUCAGUGUUUACCUGUGGCGUAGAGGAACUGUGCCCAUAUGGUGGGGGGCAGAGAUCAGGUCUCAAGUAGCUGAAGCUGAGAUAUUUGUCGCAGAAAAAGACACGUACGUUGGGUCCGCUUUCUACUACAAUAGAUUGUUAACAAGGUAUCGGAAUCCUGAAGUCAAACAUGGAGACGGUGGCGCUAAUGGAAACAGGGAUAAACCUCCCUUGGUAUGUGUUAAUUUACUACGAACUGGGUUUGGAAAGCCAGAAGUUGUUCUUGCAGAUCACUUUGAAAAUUCUAUCAAGCACAUAAAGUCUAGGAACGAGCUGCCAGAUGCUAGCCUCACUAUUCUCAAUUACGAUUGGCAUGCAAAUACCAAAUUACUUGGAGAGCCUCGGACUGUGUAUGGGUUGUGGCAACUUCUCAAGGAUCCUACGAUUGCCAUUGGCUUUGGGCAUGGAGAGUAUGACCCCAAACCUAAUGCUCCAGGCGUGGAAUUUGUUAACAAAGGGGGUCGGGGUGGUGGUUUCCGAAUAUCUGCAAGACAGGAGGGUGUGAUUCGAUUUAAUUGUGCAGAUUCUUUGGACAGAACAAAUGCUGCCAGCUUUUUUGGUGCAGUGCAAGUUCUUCCUGAGCAAUGCCGUUGGUUAGGCUUAUCUUUGGAUACUGGGAAGAGUAUUUCAUCUUCGAGGAGUGGACUUGACCGAAGACCGUCAAGAGUGUCUCUUGGGCCACUUCCGCGUGGCUGGGAGAAGCGCUCCGACAUUGUUACUGGCCAGGUGUUCUACAUUGACCACAACACAAGGACCACCACGUGGAAUCAUCCCUGCCCGGAUGAGCCAUGGAAGAGAUUUGACAUGACUGUUGAGGAAUUCCGUGAUUCAACUAUCUCACUGCCGAUUGCUCAAAUGGCUGAUUUGUUUUUAAUCGCUGGAGAUAUACAUGCUAUGCUCUACACAGGCUCUAAAGCAAUGCAUAGCCACAUCAUUGAGAUUUUUAGCGAUGAAGCAAAGAGCAAGAAAUCAACUGCACAGAAUCUUGCUAUUACACUUCAGCGAAGGUAUCGAAAUAUGCUAGUGGACAGCACCCGUCAGAAACAGCUUGAAAUGUUCCUUGGCCUUAGACACCAUAAAUAUUUUCCUACACUUCCAGAUCUGCCCCUGCAGGUUUUGACGCGCUCAUUCGCUUGUCUUCUGAAGCCUGUACCAACCAUGUUUCCACCUUACUACUCCGCAAAUGCCCUGAUCAACAGAAAACACAAGGACACAAUAUGGGCUUGUCCUACAUCAGUGAGUGUCGUGGAGGUCAUGUGCGUAUUGGCAGAGCCAAGCCAUGUUUGCCAAGUCCUCCUGACAAUUGCUCAUGGCACAGAGGAUAUUACAUCCCCAGUGUCCUUUGACUUGCGCGUAGGCCGAACACUUGAUAAUCUUCAUCUGGUGAUCGAGGGGGCUAACAUUCCUCGGUGCCAGCAUAAGACGCAAUUGGUAUAUCCAGUGCCUGGGGCCAUACAUCAUGAGGAUAUAGCAGUGACAGGAGCAGGAGGAAGUGAGAAAGCUGUGAGUUGGUUGUAUGAUUUCGAGGAGCAAGAAGGAGAAAUUGAUUUCCUAACUAGAGUGGUGGUGUUUACUUUCUAUGCUGGCUCCUCAGGAGUACCCAUCACCAUCGGCGAGCUGGAAGUACUUGGUCGUUCGCUGUUUUGGGAUAAUAUACGCAAGAAAAUUGAAUUUGAACCGAAAUCGGACUCUCUACCUGACACAGUGGUCCAACAUCUGAACCUUGCAACCUCAUCUCACGGUCAACAAAUGGUGGCUAGCCAGACCACACCAGCAACUACAAGUCAGAGUUUUGAUCUUUUGAGUGGCUGGGAGGAACCAGAAGUUUUGCCGACUGCUUCUAAACACUCUAAUCCUUUUCUUGAUGACGAUGACUUGGUUCAAACAGCAACCAACCCCUUUCUGUCAUGGGACCCAUUUGCUCCUUCAACAAGCGAGAGUACAAUUAAUGCCCUCGAUGGAGAGUCUCACAAUGAGAACAGCCAAAUAAAUGUACCUCAGUCGAAGGCCAAAUAUGAUUCUGCUGCAGCGGAGUAUAUUGAAAUCGUAAAAAGCUUCUUCAAGUCGGAUCCUUCAAAAACCUUAACGUACGAUGAAGCCAUGGAGCUUGAAAUUGAACGGCUCAAAUUGGGGCUAUCUGCGGCUCAGAGAGAUCAUACUCUUAUCAAAUUAAUAGGCCGUGAUCCAGCAUCGAUCGAUCCUAAUAAGUUGUUGAAUCCCAAUUAUCUUUUCCAGGUUAGGCAUGCGGCGUUUCAGUUAGCUUUAGUCUCUCAAGCAGUGGCCGAGGACGAAGAGAAUGCAGCAGUUGGUCAAGAUUUAGCAGAUUCUGGCAUUAUUAAUAGAUCUGACGACGAUGUUGUACAACUCGAUUGCACUAAUCCUGCCUGUGGUGUCCGUUACAUUCCUCUAACUAAGAGUAGCGUGCAAAAAGCAAGAACAUUACCUGAUAAGAAUACAGAGUUAUAUCAAUGUUCUGCUUGUAAUCAACCAGCCUGCGUUGCAUGUAUUACACGCCAAAGUGUUAGGAGUAACUCUGGCAUUCCCAAAAAGGAGGCAAUCGUAUUGUGUAAAAGGUGUGAACCUUCACUUGCUGCCAAUGCAACAUUAUUGGACAGAGUCAAGAUCCUGACUUCUCGGAGGAGAAAAGCAAGGGUUCAGUCCGCAGCUCGUGAAACUUUGAAAGACCUUGCGAACUUGGGCUUUGGUGUUACGGCUGCAACCUCUAAAAUACAGAAGGAUAUUAGUUCAGUAUUACGGGGGCAGAUGUCUCUUGCAGAAUAUCCCUACGCAACCUUGGUUACCUCUGUGAGUACAGCUGAAGGUUCAGAACCUGCACAGUCUCUAUUAGCCCCAUGGAACAGUGGAACUUCCAAGUCGUUCUGGCGAGCACCAAUAGGAGCACCUACUGUGGAGUUCUGUGUACUACUGGCUGCUCCUUCAGUUGUUAACACCAUUGUGAUACUAGUCAGUUCGUGUGGCUAUACUAGCCAGGAUGUUCCACUUGUGGACAUCUGGUAUGGGAACAUGAUGGUCGAGAGCGAACGGAAGUAUUUGGGUCGUUGGGAUAUCGCCCAAGCAGCUGAGAAGGAGGGUGCAAAACAUAUAUACGGUCCUAACGAUUCUACCACUCCUUGUCAGAUUCGUUAUCAAUUAGCUUCUCCUGUGAAGUGUCGUUUAAUAUGGCUGAAGUUCAGCCUGAAGCCCUCAUCACAAACAGUGCCAGACCUUUUCAGUUUUGAUGAGAGACCAAAUAUUUCUCAUGGUGGGCUUCCUGUCCUCCACGCCAAAAGGAUUCUGGUCUUAGGAAAGCAAUUUCUUGAAGAAAGUUUUAGCUUGGAUGCAUCCAUGGACAGGAUGUCACUGAAGACCAUGCUAGAUGCUCCAGCACGAAUGAGCCGAUUGAGAGUGCAAACUGAGAUGGAGCGUUCUCUUGCUGGAGGAAGGAUUGUAGAGCAAGUAGUCACUCCCCUGACACCAAGUGUUGCUGGGUUCCGUUUUGAUUCUCCUUCGGCUAUUCGAUAUGCAGCGAAGUACACUGUGUCUGCCCUCAAUGACGCGCACUCUACAGAUGAUGCUCUCCCCUGCUAUUUAGACGAGUCGCAUAUUAGUCCUGCCACACUCCGCAUACGCGUCAGUGCUUUGCAAGAUAUGAAUACGCAACCAAUGCCUGUUGGAGAAUAUAUGUUACCAAUUGCUAAACCUGGAACUCCUCUCUAUUUCGACUUUCAAGUUCCAGUAGCAGUCCGAGCUCUCACCUUUGAGCUUAUUGGUGAUAUAUCUGCGUUCCAUGAUGAAGGGUUCGAAUAUACUGAUUCAGAUUCGAGAGAUUCUGCAUUAGCUAGCAGCUUGUCCCUUGUUAACCGAGUUCGCAUUUAUCGCUACGUGCCAACUGUAGAACUUGGCACGUGGCCUGUGUUGAACGCGGUAUAAACCAUAUCUCUGCAGGGCGUUGAAUGUUUUAGUUAUUCAUUAUUUUGAAGAGAUCUAAUAGAAACGAUAGGAGGGGGGGGGGGGGGGUACUUUAUGUGAUUUUAUUGAUUUAUAGUCUAUGUAUGCCAAAUUGAUCAUUUGGAAAGGUGGAUGCUUCAUUAUAGAAUAUUGGUGUAGGAUACUUCCAAAUAUUAACCUUCAUGGAGGAGAUUUGAACAAAGUUAAAUGAAAUGGAAGCUUUGCUAGUAGCGUAGGCGGUAGAAUAGAAGUGCUCGAUUGAACUUAUUUUACAGUAAGCUCUUUUAUAAGGCGUAAGGUUACCUUAAUAUUUCCUCCUCAUUGGGCUCUGUUAA